AUGGCGGUCACACUCCUCGUCUGGCUGACGAGCGCCGCGGACAAGCUCACGGAGGAGAGCAAACAGGCGAUGGAGGGCGCUCUCGGCACGCAAGCAGACUGGGUUCGCACGAACAUCCCCACCGCCCCGAAGGACAGAGAGAGCCGCGGUGCCGUUCUCUUUCAACAGGUCGAGGACCCGCGAGUCGCACUCGAGACGUCGCAGUGGGAGUCCCUGGACCAGCACAACACCUGGCUCGCGAGCGAGGAAUACAAGAACAGCUCGGUCACAGUGGUUCCGCACUUCGACUUCAGCAAACUCGAGUACUUCUACCUGGACGGGUCUGUCUUCGCCGCGGCUGGCAACGAAGCCCAAGAAACUCCACUUCUGAAGAGCCCCGUCAUCAGCGUGAGCAGGAUGACCGUCGCCAGCGCCGAGAAGGAGGCUUUCAUUGAGGCGUGGGCCGGCUUCAAGGGCUCCUUGGAAACAUUUGCGAAGCCCCAUGUGGUCCAGGGCGGGUGGCGCGCACAACAGGCAGAUCAGGACACGGACGAGUUCGUCAUCUUUUGCGGCUGGCCGACGGUGGAGAAGCAUUUGGCGUUUGGUUCCACAGAGGAUUUCCCAAAAUACGGCAGCCCGCUGCUAUCCUUGACCCAAACACGCGAUGCGAAGCACUACCAUAGAGUGUUGUAA